CCUGGAAGUCCUUGACGUCACAAUGACUCGAAGAAAAUUAUUUCGGCCGAAAUCCAAAAAUGCACUUCUUCACCAACGAUGAAGUACUUUUCCACCCGAGGAGGCGACCAGGAGCUGUCCUUUGAAGAGACCGUCCUCACUGGGCUCGCCCCGAAUGGUGGCCUCUACAUUCCAGUCGACAUUCCCUCACUUCCAGCAAACUGGGAAUCAGAAUGGAAGGAUUACUCAUUCGUGGAACUCUCUGUUGCCGUCCUGUCGCUUUAUAUCUCCCGUGAAGAGAUCUCUGAGCUGGAACUCCGGGAUCUCGUCACAAAGUCGUACGCUGGAUUCAGACAUCCCGAUGUGACUCCGUUGAAGAAACUGGGUGAGAAGAAGUACGCGCUAGAGCUAUGGCAUGGACCGACGUGGGCAUUCAAGGACGUCGCGUUGCAGUUGCUUGGGAACCUGUUUGAAUUUUUCUUGAAGAGGAGGAAUUCUCGGCAUAUAGAUGGCGGAACCGAUAAAUUGACUGUGGUCGGUGCGACUAGCGGGGACACUGGGAGCGCAGCAAUUUAUGGUCUUCGAAACAAAGCCAAUAUCUCGAUAUUCAUUUUGCAUCCUAAAGGGCGAGUCUCGCCCAUCCAGGAGGCGCAGAUGACGACCGUCACCGACGCCAACGUACAUAAUUUAGCCGUCAAGGGGACGUUUGACGAUUGCCAGGAUAUCGUCAAAUCCCUCUUCUCCGACACCGAAUUCAAUGCUACCCAUCAUCUCGGCGCCGUCAACUCCAUCAAUUGGGCCCGGAUCCUUGCACAGACCGUCUACUAUUUCCUUGCCUACUUCCAUCUACGCCGGGAAACCCAGAGCGAGGUGCAGUUCGUCGUCCCAACAGGAAACUUUGGUGAUAUCCUCGCGGGGUACUACGCGAAACGCAUGGGGCUCCCCAUGUCAGCCCAGCUCGGUGUAGCGACCAACGCUAACGAUAUCUUGGCACGGUUUUGGAAAACUGGACGAUACGAAAAGGUGGAUUCCUCGCCGGAGUUGCCAGUGUCGGAUGGCAAACAGAGAACUCAGGACGCUAGUGGGGUCAAGGAGACGCUGAGUCCUGCGAUGGAUAUCCUCAUUUCUAGUAACUUCGAGAGGCUGCUGUGGUACCUCGCCUUCGAGAGUGUGGAAGAUGUUUCUGAUGUCAAAGUGAGGAGGUCAAAAGCUGGUGAAAUCCUCGACGGAUGGAUGGGAAAGAUGAAGAAGGAUGGUAAGGUUGAGGUGCCCGUGAAGGUUUUGGAGUCUGCAAGAAGGGACUUUUGUGCUGAACGGGUCAGUGAUGAGGAGACACUAGAGACAAUCAGGUUUCACUUUUUGGGAUUGCCCCCGUAUGUUGUGGACCCUCAUACAGCUGUCGGGUUGACUGCAGCUGCAAGGAUGGCGAAAUACAACUCACCUUCGACCACCCAAAUUAUCCUGUCUACUGCCCAUCCCGCUAAGUUCUCAGAAGCGGUGUCGCAGGCAUUACAGGGCUCCUUACAGUUUGACUUUGACCGAGAUGUCAUGCCUGAGGAACUCAAGGGUUUACUGCAAAAAGAGCGUCGUGUCAUCGAUGUUGAGAAACCAGAUGUCGAGUUGGUCAAGAAGGUCAUUGAAGGAUAUGUGUAAGCGGAGUAGUUGUAUUCAAAAGUUGUAGAGGAUCUAGAUAAGAUGUAUCAAAAUAUCAUAGGCGAAUUGUCUGAAUACGGCCGACCCUUAAGGUAGCCGUCCUGUAUUAGAUCUGCGAAAAUCAAGUUAAUAUGGGCAGCAUAUUCUCGCGGCCCUAUACUUGUGAUUUCCUCACCUCGUCGAUUCGAUUUUGCGCAUUCUACCUGGGGGCUGAAAGUAGGGCUUCAAAAUUGUUGACGUCGGAUCCGGGAUAAUGAGAUCAGCAUGAGCUUCCAGGCUCCUCUGCACAAGUGUCGACUAUUG